ACGCGUCAGUCACAAGAACAUCGGCGUCGGCGAGGAAGAUAUAGCUGUCUUAUCACGUGCACUUGCUUGAUGAUCGGUCACGGCGACGAUGAAGCGUGCGACGAGCGCAUCCGUUGCGGCCGCCACGGCUGCCGCGACGCAAGUGCACCACCAGGCGAUGAUCCAGGAGUUGUUCUCUCCCGGGUCGAUGCCGACGGCGGCGGUGACAACGACGACGACGACGACAACGACGACGAGCACGAACACGGCGACGAUCGUCGGCCCCUGCACAGAUGAGUUGGACAAGCAAAUCACGAUAUCCUCCCGGCUCGAGCCGAAAGGUUCACCGAAGAUAAGUCCCGGAACGGGCGACGACAGCAAGGCUAAGUCUACAGUGAUGUCGCGAUUAUUAGCCGUCGAUUCCGACAACUAUAUGCUGCGUAAGGCCUCCACGACGGCAACGACGGCGGCUGCCAACGGCGCCGCAGCGCCGUCGUCCACCACCUCGUCAUCAUCGUCAUCGUCGUCGUCGCUGAAUGGUUCCGCGAGUAUGCAACUGCAACGGCAGAUGCAGAGUCUCGCUAUCGGAUCGGCAACCACGCCGUCGAUCCUCGCGACGUACGGUAACGGCGGCGACCACGUCGUCGGUCAGCUGUACGAUGUCGCGCGGACGACGUCCAGAUCGACGGCGACGUACGUGUCGCCAAGGUGGUACACCACCGGUAAUAAUAACCAAGCGACGAGGCAGCAUCGGGAGGGAACGGCGGCGGCAGUAGCGGUGGCGGCGGCGGCUGUGGCUGCGGCCGCACAACUCGAGGAGCAAUCCUUGCAGCAGUUGCAGCUGCAAUCGCGUACGGCGACGUCGACGCGCGACGACGCGACGACGCCCGCGGCGUCGACGGUGGACGGUGUCGAGAGCGAGCUCGGCUUCGCGAGGCCGGUGUGCGCGAGACCGGUGUCCUUCCAUCGAUACAUGUGUUGGUGUAGCGCGCAACAGCAGCAGCAGCAGCUGCAGCUGCAGCAGCCUGCUGUGGCGGAGGGCGUCGACGCGAACUCGAUCGGUCGCGCGAAGGGCGGCAGGGGCUCAGCCACCCACGAGGGGUUGGCAACGAGACGAACGGUGCGCGAUGAUAAUAGUAGUCUAUGCUGCUGCAUGUGCGGUUCUCUAUGUCCUGCAGAGUGCCACGCGUGCUUCCACAUCGUGUGCUCGGACUACAGCGGCCAGCACCUGUGCCAAUGGACUACCAAGGGUCACGCGCUACCGGGCCAGGUUCACGACAAGGACAAGCCUGUCAGUGAAUGGACGUCGCUGAAUGUAGUCGAAUGGAUGUCAGCGCUAAAUCUAUACCGCUAUGCGGACGUCUUCAAAUCGAAGGACAUCAAAGGCAGCGAUCUACUUCAUCUGGAUCGGGAAAAGCUCAUGAAUAUGGGUAUAAAAGAUGACAUCCAUCAGAGGAAAAUUUUGGUGUGCAUCGAGGAACUCUGCAAAGCGCCCCCGGUGGCGAUGGAGACGAUGGGCUCGGCGCUCAGCGCGACGGCGGCGCCGGCACCCGGCGUCGCCGUCGAAUCGGCCUGCUCCCUCGGAGUCAACUAUUCGGGCAACAGCCUGGCCAAUAACGCACACAAUCUCGUGCCGCACAGCUUCAGCGUGUUGGAGAAGUGCGGCAAAUGCCAUAAAUACCUCAGGGGUCUCUUACAUCAAGGCUUCCUCUGCCAAGAUUGCGGGCUGGUCGCACACAGGACGUGUUCAGCGACGGGUUUACCUUCCAAUUGCAUAUCGGUCGACUCGGACAAUCGUAUCAGCAGGUUUACUUCAGUGUUCGGCCUCGCGCUGUGCUCGCAAUUCGACACCGCCAACCGUGCGGCGCCGAUCCUGGUGGAGCGAUGUACCCGCGCCCUCGAGGAGCAGGCGUUCGCCGACACGACGCUGGACCUCUACAAAGUCUACCACAGCAACUCCAAUGAGCAGGUCCUCGAGCUGCGACAGAAGCUGAACGAAGAUGUCUGCAACGUGGAUUUAAGUUCAUACUCUCCCCAAUGUAUUGCCAGUAUCCUGAAAAAGUUUCUGCGUGAAUUGCCGGACCCAGUGAUCCCGGUGCAAUGGUACGACAGGUUUCUGGAUGCGUCGAGUAUGAGAGGCGACGAGCAGUGCGCGACGCGCCUCAAUCAGUUAGUAGCGGAGCUACCGGAGCAACAUCGUAGCACAUUGCACCAUUUGAUGGCGCACUUCUGUCGCAUCUGCCAGUUGCAGCACGGAAGGGGCUACACGGAACCACCGACCAUUCUCGUGCAAGUGCUCUGCCAUAUAAUUCUCAGGCCGCCCUGGGAGCGAAUCAUCCAAGUUAUUCACAACAUUGAGGCACACAUACGCAUAAUGGAAUUGCUGCUACUGCACGGCGAUUGGAACGAGAGGCUACCGGAGUUUGCCAGCCCUCCGCAAUUGCCGCCGCGUAAAGUUUCGAGACCGCAGUUUCCGAUUUUGGACCCAUUCCCGGAAGACGAAGCUGUAGACAGAACAGCACCUGGUGCGGAUACUGGCAAGGACCAACAGCCGCACAGGCCGCGCACGCUACAAGAAGCCGAAUGGUAUUGGGGUGACAUCACGAGGGAGGAGGUGAACGAGAUGAUGAUCGACUCGCCGGACGGCACCUUUCUGGUGCGCGAUGCGUCUUCUAAGAGCGGCGAGUAUACUCUGACGCUGCGUAAAGGCGGGACCAACAAACUCAUCAAGAUCAGCUAUCGAAACGGAAAAUAUGGAUUCUCGGAUCCCUAUAAUUUCCACUCGGUUAUCGAGUUGGUCGAUUACUAUAGGAACUGCUCGCUCGCACAGUAUAACUCGGUGCUGGAUAUUAAGCUGCUCUAUCCGGUGUCGCGAUUUCAACAGGAUGACGAGAUCGCAAAUACAACCGACAUGGCAAAAGUCAUGCAGAAGUUUGUCGAGUUAGACAAGGAAAUAAACGAUGUAAUCCGGCAGUAUCAAAAUUGUUCGGAUUUGUACAGCAAAACGGCCUAUGAAGUCCAGUUGAAACGGCAGGCAUUGGAAGCAUUCACGGAGGCUAUCAAGAUGUUUGAAGAACAGAUGAAGUUGCAAGAGAGAUUCCAGAAGGAAGCCCAGCCCCACGAGAUUUCUACUUUGACAGACAAUUCGGAACUGCUGAAGCGAAGACUGAAUGCCUUAGAAGAUAGCAAAGAACAGCUAGAUGAAAGUCUGAAGCAACAAGUCGCCUACUACAGGACCCUUGAGAGAGAAAUGUAUAAGCUAAAGGCGGAGAUUGGAUUGCUUGUGCGGCAAAAGGACCGCCAUUCUUCAUGGUUGAAGAAGAAUGGAGGAAUAAAGCAGAACAAGGAGGGGUUGGACCUCGAAGUCCAUUCCAACGAGAAGAAGUGGAUGUUCUUGACGGGUUCUCGUACCGAUGCCGAUCAUAUUCUAAAGGGCCAGCCUGACGGCACCUUCCUUGUUCGCCGAUCGAGAACGGGCCAAUACGCGCUCUCCAUAGUGUGCAGUGGCACGGUACAGCAUUGCAUAAUAUACGCCACCGAGCGCGGCUACGGUUUCGCCGAGCCGUACAACAUUCACGAGACCCUGAAACACCUAGUGCUGCACUAUGCCCAGAACUCCCUGGAGGAGCAUAACGAGUGCCUGACCACCACUCUGGCCUAUCCCGCAUUCGCCACGUCCACGGAGCUCUCGAAACUCCAGGCCGACCAGAAGCAGCUGCAGAUCCACAUUCAGAAUCAGUCGUCGUUUGUGCGGCCGCCCCACGAGAAUCAGCUCGUCUUGCCGCACACAUAAUAUUGGCCUGCCGAGCGUCGCGAUCAAGAUCCGCUCGAGUCCGAGUACGUUCACGCACGCGCGCACACCCACACGUGAGUUCUGCUGUUUAACAAGCAUCAACUCGUCGACGCGAUCGGCAGAUCGACCUGCGUCACUGCGGGCCUUCCUUGAUGAGUACGAACACGUUUCCGCCGCGAAACAGAACGCUCCUUCGUUCGGAACGUUUCCUAAAAUCGCGUACAAUAAUUAUAAUGCGUAUGUUUCACAGUGAGAGAAAACAAAUCUCACGCGAAUUAAUAUCGUGAAAGCACGCAAUCUAGUGUCGGUUGCUUAAUCAUCAUCGAGCGAUAGGUAGGUCGCAAGAUCUCCGAAAGCACGGAGCACUUCGACGAAGUGUAUAAUAGCCGUAACGAUAGUAAUCGUAAGAGAUACUAGCGAUAGAAUUUAGAUAUACACGCGUUAUCGCGAUACGAUAAUGAUCGCUUCGACUAAGGCAGAGGUUCCCAAACGGUGCGUCGUGACACCCUGAGAAGACGCGAAGAAUGCAAGUGUGAGAAACAGAUGAAUUAAAAUCCUGAAAGAUAAGUCUAAAAGAAAUUGAACCAUUUUUUAUACAUAUAUUUUCGGUUAUUAUAAAUAUCUAAAUAAAUGUCAACUAUUUUUUUCAGAUAUGUAAAGAUAAUUUGAAGGCGUAAAGCUCUAGAAUUUUUUUGAUCUUGAAUCUUCUAAAUCAUCUUUACUUUGUAAAUGUGACCAGAAUGAAUAAGCGUGGGAAAAGAUUUGAGAAUUUUGACUUGUAUUCUCUACAUGCAUGAUUAAUGAUAAUUGGACAUCUCGUAUCCACGUUUUUGUAUCCACAUUAUACAAGGAUGAAACGCAAAGAAAAUAUCAGUUUCGAGCGAUUAAGGAUGUUUGGGAACCUCUCGACUAACAGGACCAACAAUUACCAAUGACGGAUGUCAACGGCUCUCCUUCAGGGUUCACACGACGCGGAGGGUCGAAGGUCUGCGUCGACACUACGGCAGGAUGGGUGGCGGUACGUUUCCGCCGCCACCGAGAUUCUGUUCCUCGAAGGAACAGAAGGCGUUUUUCAUCUUGUAAUCGCGCAGAAUUGAUCCGCUCGGAAACAUCGACACUGUAAAAGACACGCCGUCGUAUCGACAGCGACCGGGAUAGCGAGGUCCGCUUCGUUCGCGUAGAUUCCAUUGUUCAGGUAAUCAGGGUAGUCGUACAUAUAAUCGUCUAACCCUUAACAGCCUGAAUCUUCCAUCAGACGCUAAAUAGCUCGUAUCGGGCAGUCAUUUAAUUUGAAACUAACUUUGAGUUAGUAAUUUGUUGUUGUUUAGCUACAUAGUAUAUAUCCAUGUAGUUUAAAUCGUGCUAUUUUUAGAAGAGUCAGCUGAAAUAUUACAAAAGUUAUUUAUAAAGAUAUAGUAUAUUAAUAUCUUUUUCGAAUUACUAUGAUUAUAGCUCAAUAAGUCACACAAGUUCACCGAUCGAAUGCCUAUGCUACUGCAAACUGAGUUUAUUACGUUAAUAUAUCUCGUAAGGUGACCGUAAAUGACAUAAUUUUUCGUGCAAUACAUUAAUCCGAAUCACGUGGUAUCAUUGUCUAAUACUUUUUAUUAACGUAACGCAUUUCAUUAUCUUCCUACAAAACUUGCAUUUGAUAUCAAUAUCAAUUGAUAUCAAUUCACACACGUUGUAAGAGGUUUGCGUAAACCUCAUUGCGUACCAUGUUUUAAUAUCGUUUAUUUUAGGCUUUUAAGGGUUAAACGUUGUCUUUUUCGAAAUAUGAUCGCUUUCUCGUUGCUCGAAAUUCCCGAUCGCUUCUCAUACGAACGCCGUUCGCGACUCCAAUGAAGGACGCGUGAUGCGAUUCGUAUGAACGGCGCUGGCGUCUUCUUUUUUUUUGCGAUACGUUGAAUUAUGAUAGUGAUAUUAGAAUGUAGUCCAGCGAAAUUUACGUAAAAAACCGCGAGGCGUCUUUAUACGAUUUUAUAGUAACCGUGAAACCUGGUCGCGAGAACUCGGCGGGUCCACUUUUCCUCGAUGAGAAAUUUAUAAAGGACUGUUCCUUGGAAUUAUUAAAAUAUCACACUUGUAACACGUCUGACUGUAUUUCAAGUUUCCUCAAGUCAUUAAAGAAUGGAUCCGCUCGCCUCUCGUGGCCUAAAUUUUCGGGUUUAAUUGCGAAGGUGGACCGGAUAUCUCCGUCGUCCUUUCUCGAUCGCGUUCCGUAGCGGAUCGCGACAAAAUUUCCUCGGUGAGAGAAAAAGAGAGAGAGAACUUUUUUUAUACAUUAGAUUUCAGACAUUACACCAAGCAAAUUUAUGAAAAAGGAUGUGUGGUAUAUA